UCGGAAGAAAAUGAACACCCAGAAGUAAAUUCGGAACAUUCUGGUAAUAGUGUUCUCUAGGAGGAAAAAUACCCAGAGCCCCAUUGUCACUCCAGAGAAGCGGAACAAUAAGAGAAGCAGGAGACUAGCGGAGAAUAUUUCAAAUUUUACAAAACAUGAUUUUCUAAUUUGAUCAACUCACUGAGGAUUGGUAAUGGUGUCUUCUAUGAGAAGGGACCCGGAGGUCGGGCGUCUGCUGCUCUCCAUUCUAUUCCUGGCAGCCUGGGAGGCUGGGAGCGGCCAGGUUCACUACUCGGUCCCCGAGGAGGCCAAGCACGGCACCUUCGUGGGCCGCAUGGCGCAGGACCUGGGGCUGGAGCUGGCGGAGCUGGUGCCGCGCCUGUUCCGGGUGGCGUCCAAAGGCCGCGGGGACCUUCUGGAGGUAAAUCUGCAGAAUGGCAUUUUGUUUGUGAAUUCUCGGAUCGACCGCGAGGAGCUGUGCGGGCGGAGGGCUGAGUGCAGCAUCCACCUGGAGGUGGUGGUGGAGAGGCCGCUGCAGGUUUUCCAUGUGGAGGUGGAGGUGAAGGACAUUAACGACAAUCCGCCUGUAUUUCCAAUGUCGGUCAAGACUAUUGGGUUUCCCGAAUCGAAGCUGCUUGACUCGCGGUUUCCUCUAGAGGGAGCAACUGAUGCAGAUAUCGGAGUAAACGCUCUUCUUUCCUACAAGCUCAGCUCCAGUGAGUUUUUCUCUCUAGACAUACAGACAAAUGAUGAACUAAGCCAGUCUUUGUCUCUUGUGCUUAGGAAAUCUCUGGACAGAGAGGAGACUGCCGCGGUUAGUUUGUUACUGGUGGCUACGGAUGGCGGCAAACCUGAGCUCACGGGCACCGUUCAAUUGUUUAUCAAUGUAUUGGAUGUGAAUGACAAUGAACCUACUUUUGACCAAUCAGUUUACAAAGUACAAUUGUUAGAGAACACCGCAAACGGAACGUUAGUGAUUAAGCUAAAUUCUUCUGAUGCGGAUGAAGGAUCAAACAGCGAGAUUGUGUAUUCAUUUAGUAGUGAUGUGCCCUCCACUAUAAAGACCAAGUUCAAAAUAGACCCCAACACAGGGGAAAUCAGAACUAAGGGACAAUUAGAUUAUGAAGUAGCGAAAUUCUACGAGAUUCAAGUCCUUGCAUAUGACAAUGGGACUCCGACAAUGACUGGGCACUGUAAAAUUUCAGUGAAAAUUGUGGACAUCAAUGAUAACACACCAGAAGUCUCAAUAACAUCUCUUUCACUUCCGAUCCGAGAGGACGCUCUGCUGGGCACAGUAAUCGCCCUUAUUAUGGUGUCCGAUCGCGACUCAGGUGCCAACGGGCAGGUGACCUGCUUACUAACACCUCAUGUCCCCUUCAAGCUGGUGUCUACCUUCAAGAAUUACUAUUCUCUGGUGCUGGACAGCGCCCUGGACCGCGAGAAGCUGUCACACUACGAGUUGGUGGUGACAGCGCGGGACCAGGGUUCGCCUUCGCUGUCGGCCACCGCCAGCCUGUCCGUGGAGGUGGCCGACGUGAACGACAACGCGCCGCUGUUCGCGCAGCCCGAGUACACGGUGUUCGUGAAGGAGAACAACCCGCCCGGCUGCCACAUCUUCACGGUGUCGGCGCGGGACUUGGACGCGCAGGAGAACGCGCUGGUGUCCUACUCGCUGGUGGAGCGGCGGGUGGGCGAGCGCGCGCUGUCGAGCUACGUGUCGGUGCACGCGGAGAGCGGCAAGGUGUACGCGCUGCAGCCUCUGGACCACGAGGAGCUGGAGCUGCUGCAGUUCCAGGUGAGCGCGCGCGACGCGGGCGUGCCUCCUCUGGGCAGCAACGUGACGCUGCAGGUGUUCGUGCUGGACGAGAACGACAAUGCGCCUGCGCUGCUGCCUCUGUUCCGCGUGGGGCUGUACACGGGCGAGAUCAGCACGACGCGCGCCCUGGACGAGGCGGACUCUCCGCGGCAGCGCCUGCUGGUGCUGGUGAAGGACCAUGGCGAGCCGGCGCUUAUGGCCACGGCCACUGUGCUGCUGUCGCUGGUGGACAGCGGCCAGGUGCCGAAGACCUCGUUGCGAGAGUCCUCUGGCACCGCGAGCGCGAAGGCGGCGCUGGUGGACGUGAACGUGUACCUGAUCAUCGCCAUCUGUGCGGUGUCCAGCCUGUUGGUGCUCUCGCUGCUGCUGUACACGGCUCUGCGGUGCUCCGCGUCGCCCACGGAGGGUGCGUGCGGGCCGGGGAAGCCCGUGCUGGUGUGCUCCAGCGCGGUGGGCAGCUGGUCGUACUCACAACAGAGGCGGCAGAGGGUGUGCUCUGGGGAGGGGCCGCCCAAGACGGACCUCAUGGCCUUCAGCCCCAGCCUACCUCAGGGUCCUGGCUCCGCCGAAGCAGGACAACAACCCUCAGAAUCGGAACACUUAGGAAAGGUGAGUUUUUAA